CUUGCCUUGCUUCGUCAUGCGGCAGUUUCAUCAUUUACUUUGGCUAUGUCUCAUUUCAUGGUCUCUUGGUAUUGCUCAAGGAAACAAAAUGACAUGGGAUCGAUUUUAUUCUUUGGAGGACAUUUACAACUACAUGGACAGUUUGGCUGAAGAGUUUAAUUUCAUUACCACGAUGGAUAUUGGAAGCACUUAUGAAGGAAGAGCCAUCAAGGUACUCAGAAUGGGCCUCGGAUUCCGCCAAAAUGCUUCUGCCGUUGUUAUUGGAGGCAUACAUGCCAAUGAGCACAUUGGACCAGCAGCAACCACAUUCCUGAUCAACCACAUCCUUCAGUCUAAGUUGAACGGAACCUGCUCAAACUACUCUGAUGUCAAUUACUACUUCAUCCCAGUAGCCAACCCUGAUGGCUACAAAUAUUCUUGUGAAACCGACAGAAGCUGGAGGAAAAACAGAGAACCAAUAUUGUGGAACAACAGGACUCACUAUGGAGUCGACUUGAACCGCAACUGGAAAACCGGUUGGAAGAGACACAAGCGGCCGUGGCAGCCCAACUUUAGCGGCACAGAACCUUUCUCAGCAGCCGAGACCAAGGCGUUGAAAGACUUUGUGAAGAACAACAUAACAAAUCUUAAUACGUUUGUAACCAUCCACAACUAUGGGCAAUACAUCAUCUACCCUUGGACCCAUGUGACAGCACCAAUUAGAGACCACAAGCACAUGAAGAAUGUGGCACAGAAGAUGGCGUUUGCUAUCAAAGAACAGGGUGGUCCAAUGUACAAUUUUGGAUCGGGAGCCAAGAAACUCGCAAUAGUACCAGGUACUCCUGAGAACUGGGCACGACACCGAGUUGAUAUCAAAUAUGUCUUCUCUAUAAUCCUGAGAGACCAAGGUGACUACGGCUACAACGUACCUCCGGAACUGAUCCCAGUGUUGUCCGGGGACGCAUUGGCUGCCUUCACAUCUCUCAUACAACAGAUGAAAUUCAUGCGGAGAAUACAAAAAGUUUGAUCA